UGCAGCAUCUUUUAUUAGUCAUGUGUCAUUCGUGCUAUUAUGCUAUGACUGAAAAAUGUCGUCUGGUUCAUCAUCUUUUGUUUAAAAAAAAGCUAGAUCAUCUAGCAUUUUUGUGAGACACAUCAAUUUUGAAUAUAAAGUUCUAUCCAAACUGUUAUCAAAUAAUUUUAAUUAAAACCGAAAAAAACACUAAGUAAGUGAUGGAAAAUGGGAAAAGGGUUAGUUCAGUGAUUUAUGAUUAUUUGUUGCUAUGCAAAUGCAGAACUCUUCUUUUAAAUUUUUAUCUACUAGAGAAAGAGUUUUGAUUUGAUGCUUAAUGCAAAUUAUUUAGCCUGCAGCUUUGGCAUAUUCUAUUCUCUGAUUUGUGUGUGAAUUUAUAUGCUGAUUGUAUUUUUUAUCUGAUUUUGUAACCUCUAUCAAUCUGUCCCGUCCUUUCUAAUGUUACAAUUGAAUUUUUUUUUUUGUUUCCGGAAAUGGAUGCUUCAUACUUCCGUUGAAUAAAACAAGGGGAAGAGGAUCAGUUGAGAUUGAGAAUACUGACGGAGAGCAAGAAGCGUUCUUAAAUUUUUGUUUAAUAUUCGACUCAUUUUGUGAUUUUCCGAUGGAAUUUUUGUUGGAUAAUUUGCCAAUUAAUCUUAAUUGUUUAAUUUUCUAAUGAGUCAAAAGAACUUUUUCUUUGCUGAAUAUAUUUUUUUGAAUUUCAUCUCUUCCCUCCUCCCCCCCACCCUCCUUUUCUGCAGAAGUCGAAGUUUCUAGUUUCAACUCUAGAGUAUUCAUAUGCUAUGCCUUUUGAUGGGGUUUUCAAGAAAAGUUCGUUUAAGUUAAAUGACUUAAAUCCACUACUUAAAUGAUACCAGAAACUCUUGGCUCACUUCUGCACCAUUGCUCCAAAUCCAAGGCAUUCCGACAUGGUCUUUCGCUUCAUGCUGCGAUCUUUAAGAUGGGCAUGCAAUCUGAUGUUUUUGUAUCUAACCACCUGCUCAACAUGUAUGCCAAAUGUGGCAACACCACCUUUGCCCGCUGUGUGUUUGAUGAAAUGGUUGAGAGAAACCUUGUGUCCUGGUCAGCCAUGAUCUCUGGUUAUGACCAGGCAAGAGAGCCAUUACUAGCAAUUGAUCUGUUCUCCCAAAUGCGACUGGCGCCGAAUGAAUACAUCUUUGCCAGUGCCAUCAGUGCUUGUGCUAGUCUCUCAGCACUAAUACAAGGGCAGCAGAUACACUCCCAGGCCCUGAAGUUUGGCUAUGCAUUCAUUUCAUUUGUUUCCAAUUCACUUAUCUCAAUGUAUAUGAAAUGUGGUUAUUGUAGGGAUGCCAUGUUGCUCUUUGCCAAUAUGUAUGAACCAACUUGUGUCUCCUUUAAUGCAAUAAUUUCUGGGUUUUUGGAAAAUCAGCAAUCAGAAAGAGGGAUUGAAGUAUUCAAGCUUAUGUACCAACAAGGACUUAUUCCUGAUUGUUUUACUUUUGUUGGGGUGUUGAGGAUUUUCAUGAACAUGGAUGAUUUGCGGAGAGGAAUGGAAUUGCAUUGCCACUUGGUCAAGCUCAAAUUUGACACCACUCUUUUUGUUGGCAAUGUGAUAAUAACAAUGUAUUCAAAGUUCAAUUUGAUAGAAGAAGCAGAGAAAGCUUUCAGAUUUAUCAAAGAGAAAGAUGUUGUUUCAUGGAACACUCUUAUUGCAGCUUGCUCUCAUUGUGUUAAUCAUGCUAAGGGUUUGAGAGUUUUCAAAGAGAUGAUAAAGGAAAUUAGUGUGAGGCCUGAUGACUUCACUUUUGCAAGUGCCCUUGCUGCAUGUGCCGGCCUUGCCUCAAUGCGCUACGGUCGGCAGAUUCAUGCUCAUCUAAUCAGAACAAGGCUGGAUGAGGAUGUGGGUGUUGGUAAUGCACUUGUAAAUAUGUAUGCUAAAUGUGGUUGCAUUGGAAAUGCAUACACUGUGUUUAACCAGAUGGGCUGUCGUAAUGUAGUCUCAUGGAACAGCAUCAUAGCAGGGUAUGGGAAUCAUGGGUUUGGGGAGAAAGCUGUAGAAUUGUUUGAGCAGAUGGAGAAAAUUGGGGUGAAGCCAGAUUCUCGUACUUUUGUUGGACUUCUAACAGCCUGCAAUCAUUCAGGACUAGUGGAUAAGGGCCGAUAUUAUUUCAAUUCUAUGCAAGGACAUUAUGGGAUUUUCCCUGAUAUUGAGCAUUUCUCUUGCCUCAUUGAUUUAUUGGGACGGGCUGGUAGAUUGUAUGAGGCUGAAGAAUGCUUACAAAAGUCUCCAUUUGGGCAUGACCUAGUUGUUUUAGGGAGCUUGCUUUCUGCUUGUCGGUUGCAUGGUAAUGUUGUCAUUGGUGAACGCUUGGCUAGACAGCUUCUGAAAGUUCAGCCUGUGACUACUUCACCCUAUGUUUUGCUGUCGAAUUUAUAUGCUUUGGAUGGGAUGUGGCAUGGGGCUGCUGAGGCAAGGAAGAUGCUGAAGGGUAGUGGGUUGAAGAAGGAUCCUGGUCAGAGUCUCAUUGAAGUGAAGGGCAUUAUAGAGAAGUUCACAAUAGGUGACUUUUCUCACCCAAGACUUGAAGAGAUAAAGGAUGUACUCAGAACUUCAAGUUGGAUGGAUGAUGAGAGUUGUGUACCAUUAAUUUAAUUCCUCCAAAAAAGGGUAUGUUAAUUUUUAUUUGCAUUUACCCCUUUUCAUAGCAUGUCAGGCCAUAAUCUAGCAAGAGAUCUAAAAGAAAGGAUAUCAAUCGUCUAUAUGUGUUGAGUUUUAAUGGUUCA